GACAGCCCCUGAAUGCAGCACCAGGCUGACUGGCUCAGCGAAGAUGGCGGACUGUAUACGUGUUCCUCUGCUUCUGCUUCUGAUGUGCAUCGUGUCUGCGCGUCUAAUUCGCGGAGACAGCAACGCUGCCAUGAAACAUGUUGGUCAUCUCGAUAAUCCCCAGAAUCCAGGCGGGGGUCCGGUUCCGGCCGGGUUAAACCAGGUACUAUCUGAGAGGAACCAGGGCGCUGGGGCCUCGCUGCCUCGGAAACGCUCCGCCGGUUGGAAGUUGUCUGAGGAGGCGGUGUGCAGAGACGACCUCACCCGGCUUUGCCCAAAACAUUCUUGGAACAACAACCUCGCGGUGCUGGAGUGUCUCCAGGACAAGAAAGAGGAAACUGAGAUUGCUGCUGAAUGCAAUCAUCUGCUGUGGAACUACAAACUGAAUUUGACCACUGACCCAAAGUUCGAGUCUGUGGCCAUGGAGGUCUGCAAGACGACCAUCUCAGAGAUUAAAGAAUGUGCAGUGGAGGAGCCGGGGAAGGGCUACCUGGUAUCCUGCCUGGUGGAUCACCGCAGCAACAUCAGCGACUACCAGUGCAACCAGUACAUCACUAAGAUGACCACCAUCGUUUUCGGCAACUACCGGCUGAUCUGCGGAUUCACGGAAAAAUGUCGUGAAGACAUAAACACUCUGCGAUGUGGCAGCAUCAGCACCGAAGAGAAGGACAUCCACUCUCAGGGCGAGGUGAUUGCCUGCCUGGAGAAAGGUUUGGUGCGGGAGGCCGAGGAGCAGCCGGGAGCACACCCCAUCAAGGAGAACUGUAAAAAGGCCAUUAUGCGCAUCGCUGAACUGUCCUCAGAUGAUUUCCAUCUGGACCGGUACCUGUACUUCGCCUGCCGUGACGACCGCGAGCGCUUCUGUGAAAAUACACUGGCUGGUGAAGGACGAGUUUACAAAUGUCUUUUCAAUCACAAGUUUGAAGAAGCGAUGUCUGAGAGAUGCCGCGAGGCUCUGACCACCAGGCAGAAGCUCAUUGCUCAGGACUACAAGGUGAGCUACUCGCUGGCCAAGGCCUGCAAGUCGGACCUGAGGAAGUACCGCUGCAGCGUGGACACAAACAUGCCCCGAGCCCGAGAGGCUCGUCUGUCCUACCUGCUGCUCUGUCUGGAAUCAGCUGUGCACAGAGGUCGCAUGGUCAGCGGCGAGUGUCAGGGUGAGAUGAUGGACUACAGACGGAUGCUGAUGGAGGACUUCUCCCUGAGUCCUGAGAUCGUGCUUCACUGUCGCAGUGAGAUCGAGGGUCACUGCUCGGGUCUGCACCGUAAAGGACGGACGCUGCACUGCUUGAUGCGGGUCGGCAGAGGAGACAUGGGGGCGAUCGAUCAGACCUGUCAGCGGGCGCUUCAGGCUCUGAUCCAGGAAGCCGACCCUGGAGCUGACUACCGUAUCGACCGGGCUCUCAAUGAGGCCUGUGAGUCUGUCAUCCAGACCGCCUGCAAACACAUCCGCAACGGAGACCCCAUGAUCCUGUCCUGUCUGAUGGAGCAUCUAUACACAGAGAAGAUGGUGGAGGAUUGUGAACACAGGCUGCUGGAGCUUCAGUAUUUCAUUGCCAGAGACUGGAAGUUGGAUCCCAUCCUCUAUAAGAAAUGUCAGGGUGAUGCGUCCCGGCUCUGUCACACUCACGGCUGGAACGAGACCAAUGAAAUGAUGCCGGCAGGCGCCAUUUUCUCAUGCCUUUACCGCCACGCCUACCGCUCGGUGGAGCAGGGACGCAGGCUCCCCAGUGGAGAGUCUGAAGCAGAAACUCACCUUUCCAGGGACUGUAAGGUAGAGGUCCAGAGGAUUCUCCACCAGAGGGCGCUGGAUGUGAAGCUGGACCCUGAGCUCCAGAAGCGCUGUAUGACGGACCUGGGGAAGUGGUGCAGCGAGAAGACGGAGCCUGGCCAGGAGCUGGAGUGUCUGCAGGACCGUCUGGAGGAUCUGGUGUCUGAGUGCAGAGAAGUGGUGGCAAACCUGACUGAGCUGGAGUCAGAGGAUAUUCAGAUUGAGGCCCUUCUGAUGAGAGCCUGUGAACCUGUCAUCCAGGCCUACUGUCACGAGGUAGCAGAUAAUCAAAUCGACACUGGGGACCUGAUGGAGUGUUUGGUUCAGAACAAACACCAGAAGGAGAUGAACGAGAAGUGUGCAGUGGGUGUGACACACUUCCAGCUGGUCCAGAUCAAAGACUUCCGUUUCUCCUACAAGUUCAAGACGGCCUGCAAGGAAGACGUCCUCAAACUGUGUCCCAACAUUAAGAAGAAGGUGGAUGUGGUGAUCUGCCUCAGCACCACGGUGAGGAACGACACCCUGCAGGACAUCAAGGAACAGAGGGUGUCCGUCAAGUGUCGUAAGCAGCUGCGGGUGGAGGAGGUGGAAAUGUCGGAGGACAUCCGUCUGGAUCCAGAGCUGUAUGACUCCUGCAAGCAGGACAUGGCCAAGCUGUGUCCCAACGUGGCUUAUGGCAACGCACAGGUUAUUGAGUGUCUGAAGGAGAAGAAACACUCUUUGACACCACGUUGCCACCAGCGGAUCUUCAAGCUGCAGGAAGUGGAGAUGGCUGAUCCAGACCUGGACUACCAGCUGAUCAGAGUCUGCAAACACAUGAUCAAGCGUUUCUGUACAGACUCGGAGGGGAAAAACGUCCUUCAGUGUCUGAAACAGAACAAAAACAGCGAGCUGAUGGAUCCUAAGUGUAAACAGAUGAUCACAAAGAGACAGAUCACCCAGAACACAGACUACAGGCUGAACCCGGUUCUGAAGAAAGCCUGCAAAGCAGACAUCCCUAAGUUCUGCAACUCCAUCCUCGGAAAGGUGACUGCUGACAGUGAGCUGGAGGGUCAGGUCAUCUCCUGCCUCAAGCUGAAAUACGCCGACCAGCGUUUGUCUCCAGACUGUGAAGACCAGAUUCGAGUCAUCCUGCAGGAGUCUGCUCUGGACUACAGGCUGGACCCUCAGCUGCAGUUACACUGUACAGAUGAGAUCACUCAGCUGUGUCCGGAGGAGGCUGCAGCUCAGGAGCAGACGGGGCAGGUGGAGGAGUGUCUGAAAGUCAACCUGCUGAAGAUCAAACAGGAACCGUGUAAGAAGGAGGUGUUGAACAUUCUGAAGGAGAGUAAGGCGGACAUCUUCGUGGACCCCGUCCUUCACACGGCCUGUGCUCUGGACAUCAAACAUCACUGUGCUGCCAUCCCGCCUGGCAGAGGGCGCCAGAUGUCGUGCCUGAUGGAAGCACUGCAGGACAAACGAGUCCGUCUGCAGCCAGAGUGCAAGAAGAGACUUCAGGAUCGCAUCGACAUGUGGAGCUACGCUGCCAAGGUGGCUCCCGCUGAAGGUUUCGCAGAAUUAGCCAUGCAGGUGAUGACGUCGCCCUCCAAGAACUACAUCCUCACUGUGAUCGGCACAGCCGUGGCGCUGCUCUUCCUCAUGGGGCUGUUUUGUGGCAGAUUCACCAAACGUGUGACUCAAGAGCUGAAGGACAGAUGGAUUGACUUUAUCCACAGUCCUGCAGUGUUAGGUUUUAUCGCCGUAGGACUGCCAGGCAGGCGGCGCCCGCUCGCCGAGCCAGAAAUGAGGUUGGAGGCAGGGGACAAAAGGAAAUAAUGCUCACAGAAGCUCAUCCAUCUAGAGGAUUAACUGUGGUUAUUUUCUGGCAACCUGGGCUCUGUCACUGAACCGCUGUCACGUAAGCACUUCGUCCCCCUCCUGAUCUCAGUUCAGCUGAUUUAGCUGUUGGAGCCGUUGGCAUGGCAUCAUCACACUACAGAGUCAGAGGUCCGAGCCAGGUCUGGGUGGGAGUUGUGUGUUUUUUUUGUUUGUUUUUUUGUUUAUUUCGCCCCAUCGAUGCGAUGACCUUGCAGUCUGGCUGUUUUACGCGGGUUGGUUCAGAAAAGCUUGAAGCAAUGCAGGAAAAAUAAAACAAAAUAUUUGAGAUGUGAACAUUAUUGUGUGAAGAUACUGGAAUCAUUGCACAUUUCCUUUUUUUUAAUAUCUACAAAUAUAUAUAUAUUGUUUUGUCUUAGCCUUAUUUAUUUGUUUACUAAUGAACAAAGGGUUUUCUUCUAUCAUUUGAAUGUUCUCUGGUUGCCUUUCUCCCAGUGAGCAAGCGUCCCCUCCCUCCUGCGGGUGAUGAGGGGAGGGGGGAGGAUGCAGGCGGCGAAGGGUCAGCAUCCUCUGGGCAUCGACGUGCUCCUGCAGAGUGGUCAUGCAGGGCAGUGGGCGCCUGUUUGGAGGCGGUGGUGAUGAUUCAGAGCCUCUUCAUAUUGACCCCGGUCUUUAGGUCGGUGAUGCUUUGGGGGCUCUUCAGCUGUUGGACAAGUUCAGGCCAACCUGGUUUAUGAUUGUGGCUGUUCACUCAGUAACCAGAGCACCUACGGAACCGUCUUAGAGCUGCAGCGCCAGAGGUUCUGGUUGGUUGUGGACCGAUCUCCUGCUCCGUGUGCGUGAUCGGUGCCGGAGGAGGAAGCUGGUCUGGGUUGGUUUUAUUAUCGAGCUUUUUGGUCUCGCUUCAAAGACAGAACGUCCUGCUUGAACCCGUUUCCGUGCAUCUGAGUGGAUGAGAGUCGGCCGUGUCCCAGCCUGUCCUGUGCUGGCGCUUCCACCGUCCCCUUUCAUUUCUACUCUUUGAAGCUUGGUUCGCUGCCCUUCCUGCUUGUAAAGGAGACCUUCUGAUUCGCUCUUUUUUUUUUUUUUUUUUUUUUUCUCUCCAUCUGACAUCGGUUCUAUCAAUGCGUGCCUACUCGCGUCCCGCUGUACAGAACAUCCCAGAACCACCCAGCAGAGGAGCACAUGGGUGUGAGUGUGUUGCAUGAUGUCUCUGUUGGUGUGUGUGUUGCCCAAAGACCGUGUGUUUGCAGGAAGAUCUCCUGUCUGUCCUUCCUCGUCCCAAGCGAUGACAACAAUAUUUUAUAUUUUGUGAUUUCUUUUGUGUUUGAGUCCAUGGAGCUCUCGAACAGUCGAUUGUUUUUCCCUCUGUCUACUCUUGUUUGAUUCGGUUCUGUACAGAUGAACAUUGGACAGUUUGUUAAUAAAAAUAAUAAAGUCUGCAAGGUUUCUA